CGUCAAAUCAUCGCAUCUGUGUUGUUCAUUUCUGUGGUGUUCACAUCAUACGUAUUUAUAACAAGUGUUGACGACGAAAGCUACUUCAGGUUGCCACUUCAAGAUAUCCCAACAUUUGAAUGGUGCAAGGGGCUAAGAAACAUAUCAGAACCUCGUAAUCCAGUGGGUUUGAUCUCGGCCUCUGGAUGCGGUAACACUUGGCUUCGAUACCUUUUGCAACAAGCUACUGGUAUAAUAACAGGGUCAGUGUACAACGAUACAUAUCUACAAAUGCAAGGAUUCCCUGGUGAAUUUCGCAAAGAUGGUUCCGUGUUGCUUGUGAAGAGCCACUUGCUUAUGGAGUUGACCUCAAACUUUGUCCAAUUCGACUCCGUCGUACUGCUCAUUCGGAACCCAAGAGAUUCUAUACUGGCUACCGUUAACAUUAUAUAUGCGUUAAACUUAGAAUCAGAAAGAAAUGUAAGUGAAGAAGUUUUCAAUAAUAUUCAUGAUGCUGUUGCGCCACCUUCAAUGUUCGAAGAAUUCGGCGACGAUUGGUCACACCUAGUUACCUUACUUCUAAAAGAAUGGACAAAAUUGUACACGGACUGGCUUACCAAAUACCACCGCCCAAUGCACGUCGUGUUCUAUGAGAAUUUGAUCGAAGAUACUAGAAACGAGCUGCAAGCGAUACUCGACUUUUUGAAUGUCACUGUUUCAUUGUGGGACAUCACUUGUGCAAUCGACAGAAAGAAUGACUUGGAUAACCUGUUCCGACAUGUUAAGAAAUAUAAAUAUUUCAAUCCUAUCACAAAAGACAUGUAUAAGAAAUUGGAGUUGGCCCAAAAUAGAGUCUAUGACCUUAUCAAAUAG